AUGUUGCACCUGGUCGGAGCUGCGUUUGGUCUUCUGAUGAUAAUUAUGCUGUUUUCCAAAGGACUCAAAGAGGGCUCUCAGUGUCAGAAGUCCCCAACGCCCGAAUCUUCUGCCAACGCAAAAACGAAACCGCUGAGUGACGAGGACGUUCAUCUCCUGGCUCGGGUCUUGUCGCUGGGUCUGGUAGACGCAGAUCCCAACUAUCUCCACCACCUCAAAGGCUACAGGGACCUGCACGUUGGAUGA